AUGACCAUCUUCACUGAGUCCAUCUUAGCAGAGGUUUAUGUUUCUGCUCUUCCAGCUUUAGAGAAGGUCAGUGAGGCUGUCAUGCCUCCAGUUGUCCAUCAUUUCCUCUUCAGCAAAUCAGGGGAGUCCUCGCUGGUCCAUCAUGUGCUGAGAGCAUUGUUUGGUGCAGUAUGUGGAUCAGUCCUGUUCCUGGGUGUGGCCUACACCCUCCCUCUGACCUUUGACCUGAAGCUGACAGCAGGAUGCGUGUUUGUUGUGAUCUGCAUCCUGGGUGGAGCUUUGUCCUCUGGCUUCAGGUGCUCUAUCCUCCUGACAUUUCCCAGCAUGCUCGGCUCCUGCGGCAGAAGAUACCUGCUGGUGUUCAUUCUGUCUGUGCUACUAAAAGGACCAGUGUCCAACAUCCAGAAGAACAUCCAGCUGGCCGCUCUGUCUGUGGGCUGUAACCUCGACUUGCAGGUCCACAAUGGCAAGUUACUGUGGAGAGACACCAUCCAACCGUUCAUUAAGAUCACCCAGGAGCUGAUGGAUGAACAGGCUGAUUUCCAGCAUGAGGCUCACAGUGUCAACUCCAAGUUUCAGAGCAUCAGAGAUCAGGUGCUGCUUCAGUACGGCUAUGACGGCUUUAUAACCAAAGCCGAGGAUGGUUCCAGCACGCAGGAACAGUUCACCGCCAAGACCAUGAAGCAGUGCGACACUGUGGUGGAGUACGGUGUCCAGCGCUGUGCUGAUUGGUUCCUCCUCAGGUGGCAGGACUGUGUGAAUGCCAUCAAAGUCCCUGUGCUCAACCAUAUCUUCUGCGCCCCGAUGAAGCUCCAGUUUCUAUGUGAUGUUCAGAGAGUGAUGGUUUCAUGGUGCAAGGAAGAAAUCCCCGUGGAAGAAAACUUUGGACAGCUGUUUGAUAAACUGGAUGCUUCAGUCAACCAGCUGUCCACAGAGUUCACCGCUAAGGUUGUCCUGGAGGAGCAGGAUCAGCAGUCGAUUCUGGGCGAAGCUCUGCUGGAGGAGGAGUUCUCUCAUGGUUUGAACGCCUCCUUCCACAGUUUGAUAACAAAGAUGGAUCAGGCGCUGAAUGUCCUGCAGAUGCUGCUGUCCUUCACUUUCAUCACCUUCUUCACCUCGGCGUUUGGAUAUGUCAGACAGUACAGGAGGGACGUUCGCUUUGAUAACUUCUAUGUCUCCACCUACUUCAGACAGAUCGAUGCCCGCCGGAAGAAAGCGGCGAAAUGCUGCCUCUUACCUCUGAAGACAUCUGAGAGAAAGAAGUUCAUCUUCCCUUGGAGUCCCAGAGUCCAUCCUGAGGAGCUGAAAGAAGUGAUGGCAGGCGUGUUCCAGGUCGUGUACGUCUCAGUGCUGGUCGCCAUGCUGCUGGUCAUUGAUCUCACUGUGUUCCACGUCCUGGACAUCGUCAGCAGAAACACCUUCAAUGAGUUCAACCUGACUAGCAACCACGAAGUUAACAUCAAUGUUGAAGGAGAUUCCAUGAUGGCCCGCCUCUUGAGGAAAACCUUCUCAGCUUUUAACAGUUCCUCCAACAUCAACAUCCAGACUGACAACCAGAAGUGUGUGGCCACGCCCACCCCUCUUUCUGCAGGUGUGUAUGUGACUUGUAUUGCAUGCAUCCUGCUCGAGGCGCUCUUCAGCUGCCUUCAGGUUUACACCAACCGCCUCCGACGGGUCAUUGCCGCCUUCUUCCACCCAAAGAGGGAGAAGAAGCGUAUCUUGUAUCUGUACAACCUUCAGAUACAGAAGAGGAUUUCCUCUGGUGACCCAAAUCCUUCAGUUGAGGAGGCAGGAACAUGACUGAGUUGAGGAGAGGAGGUGAAGCCUUCAGUGAUCAAAUAUCAGAAGGUGAACACAGAGAGGGAGGCUCUUCUGGAUGUGCUGCAGAGUUACAUUUUUGUUUUAUAUAAUAAAAUGUUUAAUUUUGUAUGUGUCGUGCAUUGUGCUUUUACGCAUGCACAGGACAGCGUGAAAUAAACAUCCUGUAGAUG